AUGGAUAAGAAAAUGGCUUACAAACCAACUUUUUUUGAAAUAUUUAAAGCCCAAUGCAGUGAAUCAGAUUUAGGGCCUAUAAGUCUCAACUGGUUUGAAGAACUCAGCUUAGAAGCUCCUCCUUAUGAGCCUAAAUUGUUAGGAGAACUUGAUGGUCAUAUUAGCUGGCUUGAUCAAGCUUCUUUUAAAACUCCAAGGGCGAAACUGUCUACAUACAGCCAGCUGGCUUCAACUCCACUUAUUUUUAAAGAACACAGUACAAUAUUGCCACCUUUUUCUUCUCCUGGAAAAGAACUGAAUCAGAAGAAAAUAGAAAUAAGCAAAGAGAAUUUGAUUAGUCCAAGAAUCAUAAGAACAAAAAUAGAUAAAGGAAAUGAAAUAUUUGCUUCUCCUGCUGGCACCUGUCAUGUUGUUAGGUAUGCUAUUCCGACUAUUUUAAGGAAUACUUGCAGGACUCCACAGAGAAGUAAUAUUCCAGGACCACAUGGAAGCUUGUUUUGCACACCAAAACUUUUGGAGGUCAGAACUCCAAAACAUAUUUCUGAAAGUCUGGGAGCAGAAGUGGAUCCAGAUAUGUCCUGGUCAAGUUCUUUAGCCACACCUCCAACACUUGGUGCCACAGUGAUAAUAGCUAGAGAGAAUGAUUCCAUUUCUGAAGUAAAGCAACAAGAUGAAAGAGCUGAGAUAGUUUCAUAUAAUUUUUGCUCCAAACAUGAUAAAAAUACUGGGAGGAAUGAUACAAGUAUACAGUCCAUAUCAGAGGCAAUAAAGCUAAAUGCUGAAGAUUUUGAGUCCGAGAAGAUAUUAGAUGGCUCAUUUGGAGAGAUGGAUAGCUUUGAGGAUACAUUCAGCAUGUCUACUAAGUCCAAUGGAACCUUUCUGCUGAAGCCAAAUGCCUUGGAUGAAGUAGAGAUAUGUGAAAUAACCACAGAUAAAGUACAAGGAAGGGGGGAUGUUGCUUCUGAACAGACUGGCAGAUCACAGGAAGUGAAAACUAGCUGGACUGAGAAAAAACACUCAGAAAUGAAGGAUUCUUUACUUCAGAAAACUGAUGAAGAUAUGAGAUAUGUUAAACAUGCCUAUUUAAUAGGACAGGAAAAGGAAUUGGAGUCACUUAAAAUCAAAAUAGAUAUGCAAGAUAACAGAAUACAGAAAUCAUCUGAGAACAAGAAGCUUGUGAAAGAAGACCUGUCAUCUUCAUUCAGUCAGUGGUCUCAGCUAAGCUUAUCUGGUCUAGAUGUAACUCACUUGGAAAUGGCCAUGUGUAACCCAUCUGACUUAAGUAGUGAGAAAAAUUUAGAAGAGAAAGCAAUAUUAAUGACCAAAGAGGAUGCUGUAGAAACAUCUUUACUGAAUACUUCAAGUUUGUUAAAAGCACAAAAGCUGUUGAAUGUCAAUUUGUCAGAGAAGUGCUAUGAAGUAAAAAAUUCUGAGAACAAUCCAACAUUGGAAAUACCUCCAGUAAAAUCUGAGUCUAUGAGUAUUCAAGAUCCGAAGUUAAUAAAAGGAUUUGCUGCUGAAAAGGUUUCUAAAGUGAGCUUUUUAGACUGUAAUUCUUUUUUAAUUGAAAGUACAAAUGUCACAGAGUAUGCUGUAGUCUACAACAGCAGCUUUUCCAAGCACUUAAAGGCAACUUCUAAAUCUGUCAUAACUGACGUUCUGUCUCAUCCGCUUGUAUGUAGCACUGCAUCUCCAGAUAACUGCAGUGACCUACAUUUAGCAGAUAGUGAAAAUACUCUUGCAAAAUCUGACUUUAAAAGGCUGAAUAUGUUAUCCAGCUUGAAAAAGAGAUCCAAAAGGUUUAUUUAUACUAUAAAUAACACUUUACUGUAUCAAGAAGAAAAAAUUCAAAAAGAACUAACCUCUGAAUCACCUAUUCAUCCUACAUUGCCAUCUUCAGAAUUUGAUUCAUUUGAAUUUAAAGGUUGUCAUGUGACCAGAGAUGAUGAUCAAGGCUGCUUACUUUCUGCUCAGAGAAAGUAUUUGCAAUCAAAUAUCAAGGAAAAUAAUUUCAGCACUUGUACCAUAAAAAUGGAUAUAAUAGAUAACUCAUCUGAUAAUGCCUUCAAUGAUAGGCUGAAACAACAGGAGCUGGAAGACAUAGGGAAAAAUGCAAGACAGCAUCAACCUGUUACAUCAUUAAAAUGCUUAGAAGUAUCUAAUGCUUUGAAAGAAAACAUGACAGAAUCUUUAAAUAGGGAAAGUAUUUCAAAUAUAAAACGUAAAGUUCUAACUUCAGCACGCCUUAUGGCAAAGAAGCAUUCUAGAUUUGUGCCUAAAGGCUAUUGCUUAGAGAAAGACAAGGAGGAUAUGCAUAUGAGUAUUAAUGUGAGUGAUGGAGCUACUGUACCUCAGUGCCUUAAAGGACAGCUUGCACAGUCUUCUGCUGGUGAUAAUGAAUGCUUCACUGAUAUGCAGCAUGGCACAACAUCUGUGACAAACUGUUGUUUCAGUAAUACCUCGAGUCAAAUCAACUUUGACAUAAGUAAGGUCAGUAGUGAUUAUUGUAAUAAAAUAUCAUCUGAAAAAAAGCAUGCUACAGAGCAGUUGUCAGUAGUUGAAUGUAGAGAAAUACUUGCACCUUUGGGAAUAAAAGGCUCAGAAAAUUGUAAUACUGAACUAAAACAUGUGAAAAAAAUAGAUAUAGCUUCCUUUUCAGAAAUUGUAGCUACCAAUCAAGAAACAAAGUCAACUGAAAAUGAUGAAAACCUGCAAGCAACUGCUUGCAAUAAUGUAGAUGUAGAGAGCACUAAAGAAUUGUUGCAUUGUAUAGCUGAUAAUUCUUUAAAUGAAGUAAUUUCUGGAAAAGAUAAACAAGCAGCACCUGUAUAUUUAAACAAAAAUCCAAAUGAGAACCUAGAACAUAAGGAGAGAUGGUCAGGAAAUCUAAAUGCAUGCAAUUUAAAUCUGAGUUUUGGUGGCUUUCAAACAGCUUCCAAUAAGCAGAUCAAAUUCUCUGAAGACAGUAUAGCAAAAAGCAAAAUGUUGUUCAAAGAUAUUGAAAAUGAAUGCUUUGAAGCCUCUUCCAUGGCAAGAGUCAGAAAUAUUUCAGAUCAAGUUAAAGAGGCAAAUAUGUUUUUCUCAGAUGUGGAAAGCAAAUUGGACAGUAAUUUAUCUGAUUCUUUAGGUUCACAGGCAAGUUUUCUUGAACCUAGGCAUACACAGUUUAUUCCACAUAAAGUUGAUCUAUGUACAGAUUUUCAAAUUUGUCAACAAAGUCAACAGUCCUUGCAAGAACCAAAUCAAACUCUGACAGCAAGCCAAGAAGCUGAAGUUGCUGAACUUUCUAAUAUCUUGGAAGAAACAGGCAGCCAGUUUGAGUUUACACAGUUUAGAAAGCAAAGUAACGUGUUACAAAGUCAUGUUUCUCAACAGUUUGGAACUGGAGAAACAAAUGAUACAACAAAUGUAGAAAAUAUUUCUGAAAUAUGGGAAGAUACUGAUUUUUGUAAUGCUCUUAAAUCUGAAAAUCAAGCAAAAAACCCCAAGUCUUGUAGUAGGCAGAAAGACACUAAUGAAGCAUCUAAAAUGAUGGAAUAUGAAAAAGAGAAUAAAAUGCUUUUCCAUAAAAAUUACAAAGAGGUUACUUUUACUCACUUAGAUGGAAAUAGAAUAUCUGAUGGUCAAAGCCUUCCAGUGCCUAUACAGGAAAAUUUCUCUAAUUUUGUGGGCUUUACUUCAGCUGGAGGUAAAAAAAUAAAUAUUUCUAAAGCAGCUUUGACCAGGUCUGCAGAGCUGUUCAGGGAUGUGGAUGAUGAUAACUAUUACUUUAAAUCUUCUGAAACUAAUACUAGAUGCCAGAGUUCGAAUGGGCAUAAGUCUUCUGACUGGAAUUUUUUUGGACACCUGACAAAAGAAAAUAGAAGAAAGACAGUUUGUGUUACAAAUGUUAAAAGUGUAGGUUCUGAUUCCUACACAGAUUCAGUUUCCCACCAUUCAGAGAAAAAAUAUGAGGAAAAUACUAGUACACCGCUUAGAGGAAAUACAGAAAACUGGGCAAAAAGAUCAAGAAAUGAUUAUGAAAAUGUCAAUUUUAGUUGUACUAAUAAUGUUAGAUAUUCUGCCUGUGAAAUGGAAAACUGUCUAUCAUCCAUUAAAAAACACAACCAGAAUCUGAAAACUUCCAAACAGUUUUUGAAUCAAGAAGAUUGCCAGGUUGAAGGCAGUUUGCAAGAAGAUUCUUUAGAUGUAAUGUGUAUAGGAGAUGCUAAUACAACUGGAGCAAAACAUAGUUUAGUUAUAUCCAAUGAAAUGGAAAAACUGAUUCCUAAUCAGAAAGGACAGGAGAGAAAUCAAGAAGAUAAAUUCUUACCACAAAGUUUUCAAACUGCAGCUAAUAGUGGUAUAUCCAUUUCUGAUGCAUCUUUGGAUGAUUCUGUAUAUUUACUCAACAUAAAAUCUUGCAAAAGAGAUCUAAGCGUUUCAGAGAACUCUGAUAAACGAAAGACAAAUAAUAAAAACACAGAAGAAGCAGACACCAUCCCUGGUAAGAACCUGUCUGUCAACCACAGCAAAAUAAAAAUAGCCUCAUACCAUCAUCAUCAAAUACCUUUCCAGCAAGAGAUGAAUGUGGAAGAAAAUGCAGUUAAAGGGAGUUAUCCAACUGGCUUCCAUACGGCCAGUGGCAAGAAAAUAACAAUUGCUGAUGGAUUUUUAGCUAAAGCUGAACAGUUUUUUGCAGAAGAAAAUCUUUUUUUAGGAAAGGAACAGAAUGACAAUUUUGAGGACCCCUUAAGGAAAAGGAGAUGUAGUACAGAUUGUGUCAGAGACUGUGAUUCAUGUAUUAAAAGUACUGCUCAGUGUGAUCCUGAAACACUUAAUUUUAGUGAAAAUCUUCCUUGUAAAGAAACUGGAGAUCAGUUUAAACAGACAGGAGAGCAUAGUCCUUUUAAACAAACUGUUAUGCUCCAUACUGUUCAGAAAGAUGCAUUUGUUAAUAUAGGUAAAGAUUAUGAAAGAAAUUUUGGAAUUCAACAUGCACAAAAAAAAGCUGAUGUUAGAUUUGGAGAGUCACAAUUUCCUGGAAAGAAGAGUGAUGCUUUAAGUGGAACUUCAUUGUCUGAGGAUGAAAAGCUGUUUGCAGAGAGAGACGUGGAAUAUUCCACAAAAAAGAAUGAUCAUUCAGAAAAUAAGCAUAAUUGUCCUGUGCAAUCUGCAGUAUCUCUGCACUUAAUGAAGAUAUCAAGUGACCUUGCAGAUGAUUCUGUGCCUAGAGAUGCAAAAACUAGUUUAUUUUCUGAGGACAGUAAAAAUAAAUCUAAUCAGUCUCUACUCUUAACUUACUCAAAAAGUAGCUCUUACUUGAAUUGUGACAGUAAGGAAAUUGACUCAGAGCAUCUAGAUGAAUCUUACUCUGAUACAAACUACUUCACAGACACCACAGUUACUGCUCACCCAAAACAGUCCCCAACUGGUCGUCUUGAAGAUGAAACUAAUUUGACCAGAUCAGAAGAAACAUCACAUAAUUUUAAUGUUGAAAAACAAAUGGAUGAUCUGAAACCAAUUAUGAUUACUACAGCCAAAGGUAAAGCAAUUUCUGUUUCAAAAAAUACAUUAGCAAGAGUCAGACAAAUAUUUCAAGAAAACAAUGCAGUAUCUGUGAAACCUAAAUCUGAAACUAAUUCAAAUACUAAUCAGAUGGAAAAUGCUGCAAAUUCAUCUUUCAUUGUUCACACUCAGUGUCUUGAUUCUGCUAAACUCUUAAACACUGCAAAAGGUGAGGUGACUAAUUCAGUUGCGUCUCAUUUCAUUAAUGUAAAUGAGAAUUCUGGUGAAAAUGAACACCAUGAUACAAAUACGCUUGCAGAUGUAGAGUCUGUUCCGAAUUCUCAGAUGAGAUGCUUUAAGCAGAACAUUAAGCUUUUAGGACACUCGCCUAUGCUAGAUAAGCAGAUAAGGCAGUCAGAUUCUUCUGUAAGUAAUCUUGGAUUUUUUAGUACAGCAAGUGGUAAACCGGUACAAUUAUCAGAAGAGUCAUUGAGGAAAGCUAGGCAGCUCUUUUCUGAAAUGGAAAAUAAUAGUUCCUCAGAUCUGCGAGAAAUACUUUCAGUUGAGGAAGAUGUUAAUUCUGAUGCAAGCACUGAAGCAGUUCCUAAGAAAAUGAGGCUAAUGUUACCAAAAGGGGGAGAGAAUUCCAACACUGAGCUGAUUUUACAACCUGCUUUUGGGUUCAGCACUGCAAGUGGAAAGCAAGUAAAAGUCUCUGAAAAUGCCUAUCAGAAAGCAAAGGCAAUUUUAAAAGAUUCUGAUGACUUUGUAAGCAAUAGGCUUGGCAUUGCAUAUCAACUCGAUUCAACUAAAGAGAGCAGUCAACCUGUAAAAUCUCUAACUGAUUGUAGCAAUACAGCCAAAAUAGUAGAUAAAGUGAUCUCAGAACCCAAAGUUGAAGAAAGAUUCAGUGAAGAACUUGAAUUAGAAAGAAUCUGCUCGGAGGAAAUGAAGCCUCUUGCAAGCACUCACCAUGCUAAAAUGCCUGAGUACAUAUUGCACAGCAAGAAAGACAAGCAGUUAACAUUAUUUAAAAAUAGUUUUCAGCAAGAGGAGACCUCAUCUCUGGCAGAAGGGCAGCAGAAUCUGGAGAAGGAAACAAAGUCUGAAGCAGUUUCAUGUAGUACUGUUGCUAAAGCAGGACUGAAUAUUAACUUUGCAUGUUUCCAAACUCCAAAAAAUUGCUUGGAAGUGGAGGCUGUAGAAAGUGCAAAAGCUUUUAUUGAAGAUGAUCUUUCAAAUUCUGGAGUACAAAUUAAUGCCACACAAUCCUUCAGUGGCAGAAUACUGGAUAAAAUCUUUCAAAAUAAGAUGUUUGGGAAGAGGCACUUGGAAGGAAAUACCUCAGUCGGAGAGCCUCCAAUUAAAAGACAGCUGCUACCUGAAUUUGACAGAACAAAGAAUCCUGCCAAAUCUUUGAAAGCUUUGAAAAGCACCCCUGAUGGAAUUUUCAAAGACAGAAGAAAAUUUAUAUACCACGUUCCUUUAAAACCUGUAACUUGUGGACCUUUUGGUGCCACUAAAGAACGACAAGAAGUCAAGAAGCCUACCUUUACUCUAUCGGAUCAAGAGUUUAAAGGAUUUAAAUCUAAAUCUGCUAUUUUUCAGCACAGUGCACUAAGACAGUCUUCCAGUGAUACUUCAGGGUUUUCUACUCCACAUAAGGCCUUGGCUGAAGAGACUGAAGAAACAAAAACCUUGUACAAACCUGGCAAAACUGUUAAAACUUUUAUUCCACCCUUCAGAACAAAGCUGACUUUCUCUACAGAUCAACAAGAGAGCAGCAGCAGAUGUGACUCACUGACUGGCAAAAAUAUGAACAAAGAGAGGGAAAUAAAUCAGAUCACCAUUGAACAAAACAUUGCUGCAGCUCACCAUUCCCAAUCAGAGGGCAGCAAUUACAUCCAGCAAGCAGCAGACGCUGACUUAGAAAAUGGCAAUUCAGUUAUAAGCAAGAUGAUGACAAAUCUCCACUGUGCGAGAGAUCUGCAAGAAAUGAGAAUCAAAAAGAAAUAUAAACAAAAUAUUAGCUCACAGCCAGGCAGUCUUUAUGUGAUAAAAACGACUGCAAGAAAUAGAAUCUCUCUGAAAACUGCUGUAGAAGAGAAGUCUCCUAGUACUUACUCUGCAGAACAGCUCUAUACAUAUGGUGUUUCAAAACAUUGCAUACAAGUUAACAGUGUGAAUGCAGAAGCUUUUCAAUUUCUCAUGGAAGAUUUUUUCAGUAUGGAGGAUUUACUGACUGGAAAUGGGGUGCAACUUGCUGAUGGAGGAUGGCUAAUACCAACAGAUGAGGGGAAAGCUGGAAAAAGGGAGUUUUAUAGAGCCCUCUGUGAUACUCCUGGUGUGGAUCCCAAGCUAAUAACAGAGGCGUGGGUUUACAAUCACUAUAGGUGGAUUGUGUGGAAGUUGGCAGCCAUGGAAGUGUCUUUUCCACAUGAAUUUGCUAACAGAUGUUUGACACCAGAAACAGUGUUGUUGCAAUUAAAAUAUAGAUAUGAUUUGGAAGUUGAUAGAAGUAAACGAUCAGCAAUCAAAAAAAUAAUGGAGAAAGAUGAUACAGCAGGUAAAACACUCAUACUGUGUAUUGCUAAAAUCAUAUCACUGAAUACCAUUGUAUCUCCUAGCAGUAAUAAUAAGAGUACGGAAAGUAAAAAAGAAGCAGCGAUAAUUGAAGUUACUGAUGGCUGGUAUGGGAUUAGAACUCUGGUGGAUCCGCCUCUCAAAGCAUUCUUGCAUAGAAGGCGACUGACUGUUGGUCAGAAGAUCAUUGUACAUGGAGCAGAACUUAUUGGCUCUCAGGAUGGAUGUACACCACUGGAAGCACCAGAUUCGCUUAUGCUAAAGAUUUCAGCAAACAGUACUCGAUGUGCACGAUGGCAUGCAAAGCUUGGAUUUCAUCGGGAUCCCAGACCUUUUCCUUUGCCUUUGUCAUCACUUUACAGUGAAGGUGGUGCAGUGGGGUGUGUUGAUGUAGUUGUUCAAAGAACUUACCCUAUUCAGUGGGUGGAGAAGACGUCAGCUGGCUCAUACGUGUUUCGUAACAGCCGAGCUGAAGAAAGGGAAGCUGCCAAGCAUGCAGAGGAUCAACAAAAGAAACUGGAAGCUCUGUUUGCAAAAAUCCAAGCAGAAUUUGAAAAGGAUGAAGAGAGAACUAGCAGAAGAGUGCUGAGAUCACGCAUGGUCACAAGAAAGCAAAUCCACAGUUUGCAAGAUGGUGCAGAACUUUAUGAAGCAAUUCAGAAUGCAUCUGAUCCUGGCUAUAUGGAGGGAUAUCUCAGUGAAGACCAAUUAAAAGCCUUGAAUGCUCACAGGCAGAUGAUGAAUGAUAAAAGGCAAGCUCAGAUACAGGCAGAAUUCAAGAAGGCAGUAGAGUCUGCAGAACAGGAAGAACAUGGUUGUUCCAAAAGGGAUGUCUCUGCUGUAUGGAAAUUAUGUGUGGUAGACUACAGAAAGCAAGAAAAACAUAACGGAGUGAUACUGAGUAUCUGGCGUCCACAGCUAGAUGUCUGUUCUUUGCUAAAGGAAGGAAGUCGGUACAGAAUCUACCAACUAUCAGCAUUGCAGUCCAAAGGAAGAUCAGACCCAGCUAAAAUACAGUUAACAGCAACAAAGAGGACUCAGUAUCUACAAUUACCAGUCUCUCAAGAGAUGCUGUCACAGAUUUUCUUUCCUAGAAAGGCUCUGACAUUCACAAGUUUAUUGGAUCCUUCUUUUCAGCCACCACAUGCUGAAGUUGAUUUAGUGGGACUUGUAGUUUCUGUUGGCAAAACAGGUUUCACUUCUUUGGUGUACUUGUCUGACGAAAACUAUAAUCUAGUGGCAAUAAAGAUCUGGACAGAUCUUAGACACCUUGCUAUCGAAGAUAUAGUUGUCUGUGGUUCGUUCAUUUCUGCAAGCAACCUUCAGUGGCAAUCUGAAUUCAGAUCAGAAAUUCCUAUGCUCUUGGCUGGUGAUCUUUCUGUAUUCUCUGCCAGUCCAAAGGAAAACUAUCUUCAAGAGAAAUUUAACGAACUGAGAAGUGCGAUAGAGAAUGUGGAUUCUUUUUGUUCUGAUGUGGAAAGAAAAUUGAUGAAUUUGCUCCAAAGAAACAGCCCGCUUACACCCAAUUUACCUAAAAGAUAUGGCUUGGAAUGCCUUUCCCCUUGCAACACAGGCCUUUAUGCAGGGCGUAACAGUUUGAUCUCUUCUCCUAACAUUGAAGUAAGGUAUCAGAGCCCUUUGGCAAAUAGCAUACAGAAUUUGAAACUUGUCCCCCAAGGCUCAGCAAAGAUGUCUUCAUCUGCUACUACUAAUGAAGACCAUCCCAAAAACAGCAAAAAGAGAAAAGCUAUGGACUUGCUCAGCCGCAUACCUGCCCCUCCACCACUGACACCAAUCUGUUCAACUGUUUCUCCAUCUUUAAAAAAGGCAUUUCAGCCUCCGCGAAGUUUGGGUUUUCAGCGAAGCAAGUCUCCAAAAGACACAACUUGGAGUAUCAGUCAUGCCACCCCCUGUAGAAAACUGAGAGAGGCUGUCCAUCUUCCUGAGAAUGAUCUGGUUGCAGAUGAAGAACUUGCACUGAUUAAUACACAAGCACUCAUAAAUACUUUACCAGAAGAGAAGAAGAUUGACUGUGUAAAUGAAAAUAGCAGUACAAUAGCUAUUAAUUUAUCUGAUGAUCUUUCACAAAAAAAAAGUAGUUUUAAGUCUUCUGAGGAUAACUCUUCAAAAAACUGUGCUGAAGGAGCUGAGGCUUUUCAAAGGGACACAAAAGAAGCUGAGAGCUCAUUAACAGACCACAGAAAGCUACACAGACAAAAAAGGUAAGAAUGCUACUAAAUGCAUGUGUACAGCAUUGUACAUAUUUCAAAUUCAAAUGACUUUUACACUUUACAUUAAAU